AACUAUCGCUUUUGCUAGUUGCCUGGUAUUUGUUUAUUUACUUGUUUAUCCUUAAAUAUUACCGAAAAUGACUCGACAUGCACGCAAUUGCACCGCCGGAGCUGUUUAUACAUACAACGAGAAGAAACGCGAUGCAGCCGAAUCUGGAUAUGGGACAAAUGCCAAGCGCCUUGGCAAGGAUUCAGUAAAAUCAUUCGAUUGCUGCUCGUUGACAUUGCAGCCGUGCAGGAAUCCGGUGGUAACCAAAGAUGGUUACCUUUUCGACAAGGAGGCCAUUCUGCAGUACAUUGUCACCAAAAAGAAUGAAUACAGCCGCAGGCUAAAGGAAUACGAGCGCCUGCGUCGCGUCGAGCAAAACGAAUUGGCUCAGGAGGCAACUGAUAGACAACUUGAGCGCAUGGAGCAAUUUGUUAAUGCCGGAAAGCCAACCACAACUCCUUCCCAUAAGCUAAACGCCACUGUUGCAAAGACCACACAGCUGGAUGCCAGGCCGAGCACAUCAGCAGCAGCAGCAACGGGUUCUAGAUCCAUCAGCUCCAUUUCUAACAUGGCCAACGGCCACGAGAAGAAGCUGCCUAGUUUUUGGUUACCCUCAGAGUGUCCCAAUGCAGGCGCUGCCCGGGCUCAGAAGCCCGACGCUACUAUUUAUUGUCCGGUCUCGCAGCAGCCGCUAAGGGUCAAAGAUCUAAUCGAUGUUAAGUUUACGCUGCUCAAAGAUGGGGACAACAAACGUUCGCUUAUUGCCAAGGAGGCACGCUACAUGUGCCCCAUCACACACGAUGUUCUUAGCAAUGCGGUGGCAUGUGCCGUGCUGCGCCCCACUGGCGAUGUGGUCACCAUGGAAUGCGUUGAAAAGCUCAUUCGCAAGGACAUGAUACAUCCCCUUACCGAUCGCAAACUCAAGGAUAAGGACAUAAUUCCACUGCAGCGUGGCGGUACCGGCUAUUCUACCACCAAUGACAAUCUGGAAGGCAAGGAAAAGAGGCCCAUGCUGCAAGUUUAGAUUGACUAUGAAUUCAAAUGAUGUUAAGUCCAGCUCUAACAGUUACGAAAAUACCAUUAGUUGUGCUUUUUAAAUGAACCUCUGCACUAUAGAGUCCGCCCACAGAAAACCCUUGACUUCCCUCUCCUAGAUAAUCAGGCAUCACAAUGGGCCUCCUUUUUCGAGUGGUCGUAGAGCUGAGCAUAUACUUAAAUAAUACACUGUAAUUGUUUGUUCAACAUAAUUUUGAAAUUUAGCAGAAGAUUUUUUGAAUAAUAGUAGUUUCUAAGUUGUA